CGAACAUAAUUUCAUUUUUUAUUUUAAGAAGACAAGUCAAAAAUGUCCAAUCGUUCUGUUUCCUGUGUUUUUUUAUAAAAAAAAAUAUAAUUGAAUUUGAUGCUAUAAUCUGUGAUAAUUAUAACAGCUAUAUUAAGUUCAAUCUGUACCAAGCAGCGUUUGUUAUCUCAGUUAUUACAAAAACAGUCUUCACGAUAUUUCCAUAUGGUAUUACGUUGCUCUACGUUACCUGCAGGUAAUCAGAAGCUCUCGUAAUAAUAUGGACAUGUGGUAAUUGGCUUUGUCAUUGGUCAGCCAAUUAGGAUCUAUCUUUUAACCGCUCCAUUUGUUUUAUGCGCAAAACAAUUUAAGAAAAUGGAUUAUACAAAUUUUAUUAUUGGAAGGAAUUCAUAACUUUUUUUUAACUCAGGUUUAAAGAAACAGUAAGGUGAGCAUUGAAAUGGAUGUAAAUGGUAAAGGGAAAUAUUACAUUCCAGAAGAUGGUGCAGCACAGGUUAAAUUUUCCAGGUCAAAACGAGAAGCAAGUAAACUUUGGUGUAAAGAGCGAACUGUAUUAGAGAGGAUAUUAUUUUGUGUAGUAUUACUGUGUAUAGGAAUUAUUGGUAUAUUAUUAGUUUUACAUGCCAUUACAUUACAGGAAAGACGGGUUGACCAAAAUCAGUUUUAUAUGAACUUAUCUAGUCAGGACAAAAGUGAAAAAGAACGAGAAAAAGCCGCGAAGAUAUGCAUGACAAGAGAUUGUGUGAAAGCAGCUGCAAGAAUAUUGCAAGGAAUGAACCCGUCAUCGAAUCCUUGCGAUGACUUUUAUGAAUAUGCAUGUGGUAACUGGAACAAAGUAAACAUCAUUCCCGAUGACAGGUCAAGCUAUAAUACAUUUGCUAAACUCUUAGAUGACCUACAAGUCAUAGUGAAAGGGCUUUUAGAGAGACCUGCAUUAUCAUCUGAAUGUGAAGCAGUGAAGAAGGCCAAAUAUUUAUACCACUCGUGUAUAAAUGAGACACUAAUUGACGAAAGGGGUAUCGAUCCAGCUUUUGAUCUGCUACAAGAGUUAGGUGGAUGGCCUGUAACGGAAAGAGAGUCAACUUGGUCAGAAGAAAAUUUUAAUUUAAUUGAUUUGAUGGUGAAGCUCAGAUUUUAUAACAAUAAAAUUUUGGUAGACCAGUGGGUCAGUGCAGACGAUAAAAACUCGGAAGUCAAUGUGAUUCAGAUUGAUCAACCUGAUUUGGGAAUGCCCGCCCGGGAAUAUUACUUGAAAGGCUUAGACGAUCCAAUUGUGCAAAUGUAUCACCGGUUUGCUGUAAAUGUAGCUGUGAUGUUAGGUGCAAACAAAACGGCGGCAGAAAUGGAAAUGAGAGAUAUGGUGCAACUUGAGGUCGAGUUAGCAAAUGUUACAGUUUCACAAGACAAAAGGAGAGACAGUGAACUCUUAUACAACAAAAUGAACAUAAGUACAUUGCAAAGAACUGUACCUCGGUUUGAUUGGUUAAGAUACCUGCAAGAAGUGUUUAAGCCUGUCAACAAAACUAUAACCUCAGCAGAAGAAGUUGUCGUUUAUGCACCAACAUACCUGUCAGAUAUGGUAGACAUUGUCAACAGAGCCAGUAGCAGGACAUUAACAAAUUAUUUGAUAUGGAGGAUAAUGAUGAAUCGAAUAACUAAUCUCCCAGCAGUGUAUAGAAAUGUUCAAAAGGAAUACCAAAAGACUAUGUAUGGUUCGGAACAAGAACUUUCAAGAUGGAGGGACUGUGUUAGUUAUGUCAACGACAAUAUUGGAAAUGCGGUUGGAAGAAUGUUUGUAGAUGACUAUUUUGAUGAAGACGCUAAAGAAAUCGCGUUAGAUAUGAUUCAUGGCAUAAGAGCUGCUUUCGGUGAAUUGCUGGAGGAAGCCGAGUGGAUGGAUGAUCCGACAAGAAAAGUAGCAAAGGAAAAGUCCGAUGCUAUUGCUGAAAAGAUAGGAUAUCCAUCUUACAUCGUAAACGAUACUGCAUUGGACGAUGCCUACAAAACAGUAACAUUUCAUCCAAAUACCUAUUUCGAAAAUGUGUUGGCGAAUCUGAAAAGUGUGGCUAUAAACAAUUUAGAAAUCCUAAGGGAACCAGUCGAUAGAACAAGAUGGUCAACAACUCCAGUUGUAGUAAACGCAUUUUACAGUUCAACCAAGAACCAGAUAAUGUUCCCAGCAGGAAUAUUGCAGCCACCAUUUUAUGGAAAAGGAUAUCCAAAAUCACUCAAUUACGGCGGUAUUGGAAUGGUAAUUGGCCAUGAGAUAACACAUGGCUUUGAUGACAGAGGGAGACAAUUUGAUAAAAACGGCAAUCUUCAGCAAUGGUGGGACAAUGAAGUUAUCACAAGAUUUAAACACCAAGCACAGUGUAUUAUUGAUCAGUACAGUAAUUUUACACUGAAAGACGUUGACAUGAAUCUGAAUGGUUUACAGACGCAAGGAGAAAACAUUGCUGAUAAUGGUGGACUAAAGCAAGCUUAUAGAGCAUAUACAAACUGGUUAAAGACACAGUCAGAAGAUGACCAUCAACCUCGCCUUCCUGGGUUAUCGGAAUUAAGUGAUCAUCACUUGUUUUUCUUAAAUUUUGCACAGGUAUGGUGUGGGACAAUGAGACCUGAAGCAUCAGUGAACCGGAUUAGAACUGGAUUACACAGUCCGGGCAGAUUCAGGGUCAUUGGAACACUACAGAACUCAAAGGAAUUUUCAGAGAUUUUCAGCUGUCCCAAUAAUUCAUAUAUGAAUCCAGCAAAGAAAUGUCAUAUUUGGUAAUUGGGAAAAUAAAGAAGCAUGCAUAAUUAAGAAGCUCUGUGUUUCAAAUUUUGAAUAUGUGAUGAACCAAUAUAAGCGAUGAGAAAAAUGAGAUUAAGAAGAGUUCAUAUUGGAAUUUGCAGUUUGAGCAGUAAAGGAAAUGACACAAGGGUCAUGUGAUAUUCAUACAGAGGAGUUAUUUGUGCCUAAGUGGACACUUUGUGUAAAUAUUCAGAUAAUACAAGAUUUUAUAUGUUGUUACAUUUUAUCAUUUUUAUAUUUGUUCUUAUACCAGAUUGACAUACUAAUAUGCCAUUUGGUGGAUCGUAAUUACAUGUGAUUCACUGAAUAAUACAUGUCAUACAUUAUUUUAAAGAUUACUUUUCCAAUUAGAAGUGUACAUCAAAACUUAAAAUAUAGAUAAUGGGCAAUGUAAGAUGUUAUACUUACAAGAUGUCAAUACUAUGUUGUAUUGCUUAAUUAAAUGUCUUAUUUCAAUAUAAUUUUAAAUAUAAAUUAUUGUACUGUCAUACUGAUAGCACACAAGUUUUGCAUAACUUUUGUUUUUUAUGUCUGUAUUGCAUAAAUUGCUGUUCUAUGACCAAUUUCAGUCAUAUCAUUAUUUACCUUUUCACUUCGCUGUACAUUUAUCUGAUGGUUCAGAAAUUGUUUCUGUUAUCAUAUUUCAUCAAUACCGGUAGAUAUAUCUCAGGUUUUUCAAUGAGUGUUAUACACUUUAUUAUAUACUGUAGACACGAGAAUGGCAAAAUUAUGAUUGUGAAAGUUGUUUUAUAAAUAACUGCCUAACAAACUUAUUUGAGGAAGAUUGAAUCAAUUAACUCUGAUUUUGUUUACUUCCUCGUUUAACAAAUAAAUCUAGUUGCAUCGUGUUAACACAGAAUUGAUAAUUAAUUGUAAAUGACGGAAACUAUUUAAAUCGUGAGCGCACAAAAAGUAUUGUUGUUGAUCACCGUUUUGUGAACCAAAGUAAUUGUUCUCUCGUAUAUUAACCCAGAUCCUAGAAAUAGAAUUAAAAGUUUCCAUUUAUAUGUCAAGUGUGCCUUUGACAAAUUUAAAGUGAGGAAUAAAUCUUGUUGGACAGCAGUGAAUCAAAUAUAUUUACAAUGAAUAUUUAUUUUGUGGCAAAGACCUUCUUUACUCUUUAUAUGGACUUCAAAAAUUAUUUGCAUAUAUGCGUAUUUGUAUAAUAUAACACAUAGUACUUUGACCAUUGUGGGUAAGAUAUAAUUUCAAUAUUUUUCAUCAUUUUUGUACAUUGAGUAAAUCAUCUCUCGCCCAAACAAAGCGCUGAAACUACAUAUGACAUGUGUAUUUUAAAUAAACCUCAUUGUUAAAAACAUGCUCAUAUUUGAACCCAUUUAUAGAUAUCCAAAUGAGGACGGGAGCGAUGUACCACGCACUAAAUAUUUACGACUAGAAGUGUUAUUUAUAGCUAACAAAAAACUGAGAGAAAUAUUCAUAAAUAUCUAUAAAUCAAAAUGUUUCAUGUAUACCCAUAAAAUGCCCCUUUAAAUCUGUACUUAAGGAUUAAUUCGGUCUUUCCACUUUGCCGACUUAUAACAAGCAAUUUGUGGAAAACAAUUGUCAUAAUCAAAAGCGUAUUAAUUGUUCGAUAGCAUAUACCAAAUAAUCAAAUAUCCUGUCGACAUAUUGAGAAACAAAAAUGCCCGAUAAGAAUUAAAAGUGGCGGAAGAAACAAAAAUCCAAAUUCAAACAAAAUCAAACCUUUUUCCACUUUUCCGUUAUUUGGUACAUGAUAUCGAACAGUUAAUACGCUUUUGAACCUGACAAAUUUUUAUCCGAACACUUUUCUAUAUAAGAGUUAUCUCCCAAAAUUAUCUUGUGUUUACUUCUCCUUCGCCACUGUAAAAGAUUAUGACAAUUGUUUCCCCCAAAUUACUUGUUAUAUCCUCAGGAAGUCGGGAAUAAUUUUGACGGAAGCGAUUUAGAGACUUCUCAUGAGAGUUAUUUAUGUAUUUCAUAUAAGUGAUAUGCAUUUGUAACUGAUAAACUAUGAUUUGUAGAAAUCUAGGGCUUUUGAUUUGAGGUCCUUGGUCCACCAAAAAAGUAAAAAAGAGGUCAAGAGAGGUCAUAUCCCUUUUUUAUUUUGUCUUAUUAUCGAUUCUCCUCAAAACACUUUGGGAUAUCUACAAAAUAUUUAAAAAAAUAUUAGUUUCCACAUGUCGAAACACAUACAUUUUGGUUGAGAGGUAAGUUAAAAUUUAAUUGAGAGUUUCCACACUUUUUAAAUUUAAAAUUAGCUGUAUGGUGAUAUACAUUUUUAGCCAUAAAUAGUAGAGACCGAUUGACUUUUGAUUUGAGGUCUUUGCUUUAUGGUUUAGAAAUUGAUGUCAAGUUUAAAUUUUAAUUUGGCGUUCUCGAUAUUGACCUAUGCUGUAACUUUUUAUUGGUAAAUACUAAAGCCUUAGGGUAUUUUAUUUUGGCUGUUUUGAAAACCCGAAGCUCCCAUUUUUGUCUUAUUUUCUUGAAAAAUUACAAAAAACAGUGUGAAGAAAGGUUCAAAUGAAACUGGAAAUGAAACUUUGUAAACAGAAGAACCUACUUAUCUCCCUUAUUUGUAGCAAAAACAUACAGAAACCAGAUAUUAUUGCAAUAAGCGAAAAUUCAGCUAUUAUCUGACACCAAAAUUGAAAUUUGAGACCGGAAGUGAAUAUUUGUGCAUUUAAGGUGGAAAGACCUUCAGUUGUUUUCUGAACAAUUGGUUAGAGAACAAUUGUUUUUUUUAAUGGUUUCUUAUUUCUUUUGUAUACUGAAGUGCAUUUUCAUUAUUGUGUAUUGAAUAUCUUUUUCUAGAUGCCCUUCCAUAAAUUGACACCAAUAAAAAAUUUCAACUA